AUGGUUCUGUUGUCACUGCCAAUUGUGUGCGAAACAAGGGAUAGGGUGUCCCGGUAUAGCCAGGCUGCACGCUGCACCACCGCCUGGCGGGCCAAUUUAUUUUCGAAAUGGAACACAAAGACAGUAUUGUUUUCGGGCCAUAUUUCAGAGUUGUUUUUAAGUUGUUUCCGAUAUCUGAGUUUGCGUCCCAGACAAUUGGGCAUGACGGCCGUUUCUGCUUUGGGUGGUGGCGGGCGUGCGGCGGCGUCUGUGGGUAUUGUCGCAGCCUCGGGGUGGCCGCGCGCAGCGACAGGAACGCAUGGUUCGGCGGCCGCAGAGGGCACACAGGCCCGCGGGCACGCGCCCCUUUUUUGCCCGACCCAGCACUUUUUACCGAUUUGCUGGUGCGAUCGCGAGACGAUCACAGAUCGGAUCGGGAGGAUCGCGCGAGACAGUCAUGGGGCGGAUCGCAGGCUUGGCUACGAUCGGCUGGGAUUGUGCGAUUGCUGCGGGGGUGGGCAGAGGGGAGCGCUGCAUGCAGCCCCGUAG